CGUGAGGAUUCCCCCGGCAGCCAUUGACAUGUUUGUUUGUUGUAGGUACGGAAGUCAUAUUAGAAACGCGGAGCAGGAAACAGGUACGGAACUUAGGACUGGAAAAGUAGCAAGAUCCCACUGAAGAUCAUAGGCUUCUGUGGACAUUCCAAGUAAACCAUGGCUUGUUGAGUACUGAUGUUUAGGGGAGUGCGAGCAGUGAGGUACUAUCUAGUCCAUCUCUCCCACCAGGUCAUGCAGAGCAUCAAGGACUUCAAGCUUCAGUUCACAAUCCAGUAUGUGGGCUACAUCCCUGACAUCAUUCUCCUGGUGGCCCUUGGCCUGGGUCUGUACAUACAGUGGCACCUCACCAAUAACACUGUCAUCGCCGUCAUCUCACUGUUUGGACUCUUUGUAUUCGGAAUAUCAUGUGCCCUGAGGUACUACUUCAGCAUGCAGAGUAUUGGCAAUGCUCUGUUCCACAUCUGGACCGGGUGCCUUGUUGGGAUUAUCGCCUUCUCCGAGAAAAAUGAUUAUGAUGAUGUCCUACAUGAAGUUAUGGAGAUGCUGUUCCUCACCAGUAUGGUGUCCGUGUGGUUCUGGAAUAUUUUCGGAAGGAUCAUGCAUUUAGUGAAGUUGGACGCGUGCAUACUGACCCAGUCUGAAGGUCUUGAAUCUCUUGGACUUAUCAUUGCCACCUUUUUGAUGGACACCUCUAAGGGACUUCCAAUGUCCAUGUUAAUCGUUGCCUUUACCGUGCACCUUAUAGCAUUACGAAUGAAGUCUUUUCUUGGACUCAUCAGCUUCCUGAGUCUACUCUGUGUUGGAAUCUUUGUAUUCUUUCCCGGAUUCCAAAUGUCCCCGAACAAAUAUGCUCUGAUAUGUUUCAUUGGACGUCACGCAUUCCAGCCAAUCAUCGACUUCUAUUUUUCAGCCUUGACAACAAUUGAGCGAUGGAAGCCAUUUUUUAAUCUGUCUAAGCUACUACGUUAUCUAGUUAUUCUGUUUGUGUUUGGUCUGGACCUGGUUCUAGCUUCCUUGAUCGGAAUACAGAGCUUUAACCACAAGGAAUGGUUUGUGGUGGUGCCAGUUUUUGCCGUAUUUGCCUUUAUAUGGAUUUUAUUUCAUCUUAUUUAUUUCAUAUCUUGCUGGAAAUUGAUGGGCAAGAUAACUGAGUGUAACCUGACAUAUAUAAGCCUAGCCGAUGAACAACAAAGUUACAACAGAAUAAUGGCAUCAAAGGGUAUCCGCCAUUUUGGUCUGAUCUCGCACCGUCUCAUAUGCCUUUCUUUAACCACAACCAUUAUUCUGACGGGUAUUGGAUGGGAGACACGGACUGGGUACAGUCUGAGCUUGGCUUGGAUCUUAUUGCCAAUUGAAGCUAUGUCCUUGAGUCUCUUCUAUGAGCUCGGGGACUUCCUUGGUGGGACAUGCACAGGAUUUGGCCUCAUAGCUCCGGUCACAAACAUCAGACCUAAUGGCCCGGCCAAGCUGCUCUCUUCGGCUUCCCUUCAAGACAUGACAAGUCGUGCCACCAACACACUCAACCACAUCCACAAGCUGUUUGGCUUCCACAUGAUAGACAACUACGGCUGCGACUACUCCACCAGUGGACUGAGCGAAGACUACCUCAAGAGCAAGGUGAACGCCUUCUUUGAGCGGCGGACAGCGGACGGGCCACGGUUUGAUACCUACAUGCUGUACUACAGUGGUGAGGUGUAUGAGAAUGGAGAGAUCGCACUGGCAGACACCAAGAACCUGAAACCUGAGACCUUGCUGGAGUGGUGGUCAGCAAAGAAUGAUGGCAGUGGUUCCCGCCUCAUCAUCGUCCUGGACGCUGGUCACUACACCUCCUGGACACGCAACAUCCGAAACUGCGUCGGCGAAUUUGUGGCUAUCCAGACCUGCAAGUACUCCCGACCUGCUGACCCCGAGUCUGGGGGGUCGGGUGGGGUGGGGAGUUUUACGGAGGACUGGGUCAACUACAAUGUAGGCAAGGACAUUAAGCCCAGCUGGACCGACAAGACCAGGCCAACAGAAGCCAUAUAUGUCCUGUCCAAGUACUGGUCCGACUUCACUUUCCAUCUACCAACUUCUGAAGACUUUGCUCAAUACUGGGACACCAAUUUCCCCAAAAUCACCAAGCCUUUGAUCAAAGCUGUCAAUCUUCCAAGCCUCGGUGCUAUUUGUUGUAUGUGUACGAGUAUUUUACGCUGCUUGCGUCGGAAACAGAUGAAGUGGCUUCCUCCUAAAGAAAUUGACACAGGCCAUGGGUUUAAACUGGUCAGGACAUAAGUUAUUAUUUUUAAUAGAUAUGUAUUCAAUUGGUUUGUAGCCACUGGUACAAUGUAAAAUUGUUAACUUUAGCCAUAUUUAUUUUAUUUUAAGUCAUGGCCUUGAUCUUGUCAGGCUAGUCUAAGUUAUUCUGUAUAACAUUGUUUGUAUUGAAGUGGCCACAGAAUUAUCCAGUUUCAGUGGUACCGAUACUUAGUUUAUAUGCACACACCGGUGCCACAAAUGUCACAUAGUAUUAGUUAUGGUUUUAUACUGGACAUCUUAAUGUCGGGAGACACUGCAUGUUUCUCAUGGUUUAAUCAUUUGCUUGUCACCUUUAUCAUGUUUAUUAAUUUAUCCAUAUCAUGGUUUUAUUUUGUCCUACAUUUUUGGUUACUGUUAAUGACUUUAUGUUAUUUUAUAUGAUUUUAUAUGUAUAUUGCAUAUGGCUGUGUAUUAUCUGCACAUGAUGUACAAUGUUGCAUAUGGCUGUGUAUUAUGUGCACAUGAUGUACAAUGUUGCAUAUGGCUGUGUAUUAUGUGCACAUGAUGUACAAUGUUGCAUAUGGCUGUGUAUUAUGUGCACAUGAUGUACAGUGUUGCAUAUGGCUGUGUGUUAUGUGCACAUGAUGUACAAUGUUGCAUAUGGCUGCGUAUUAUGUGCACAUGAUGUACAAUGUUGCAUAUGGCUGUGUGUUAUGUGCACAUGAUGUACAAUGUUGCAUAUGGCUGUGUGUUAUGUGCACAUGAUGUACAGUGUUGCAUAUGGCUGUGUAUUAUGUGCACAUGAUGUACAGUGUUGCAUAUGGCUGUGUGUUAUGUGCACAUGAUGUACAAUGUUGCAUAUGGCUGUGUGUUAUGUGCACAUGAUGUACAAUGUUGCAUAUGGCAGUGUAUUAUGUGCACAUGAUGUACAAUGUUGCAUAUGGUUUUGUAUUAUGUGCACAUGAUGUACAGUGUUGCAUAUGGCUGUGUAUUAUGUGCACAUGAUGUACAAUGUUGCAUAUGGCUGAGUAUUAUGUGCACAUGAUGUAUAAUGUUGCAUAUGAGAACAAUGUGGUCAUUGUUUUCAAUGUAAAACUUCAGCCUUACUCAAAUUUCCUACUCUUGAUAGAGCUUAAAGAGGGAUUGUCAUUUGCCCAUUUCGAAGCUAUAUCUUGACAUUUUAAUAAUUGAAGUGAGUCAUUGUUUCUCAUGCUGUGUUGAGAGGGUAAAAAUUGAUGGUUAGAGGGUAGAAAUUGAUAGUUAUAGUGAUAUAAAUCAUACAAUUUGACAAAGCAGACUGAAAAAGUGAGGCGAGAUCAGGUUGCUUUUGGGAUUAUUGCACUUAUAUAGCGACAUGGACUGAAACAAUAAUUGUUGAACAACAUAAAACAAAUUUGAUAGUAUUGCCAGUGUGCUCAAACCUUUUCCCUCUUUAGAAUAACCAGAGGCUGUAACCAUGGUAACCAACUGGAAAGCAUCCCAGUCAAUAUACUAUCCAUGGUCUUCCAUCCAAAUGUUGUGUUUUCUAUAAGUAUGAUAAAGUUUUGAUUAUUUCAUAAGCAUGAUUAGCAUCAUAAGGCGGCACCAUUAACAUGAUUAAGAUUUCAUGGUCCUUGGAAUUUUUACGUCAAGAAGCAGAAGGCCAUGAAACAGACCAGGGUUGACUGACGGACAGGAGAACUCGGUGUGUGGCCAAUAUAACAGAUAUCAACUAUUUAUGAAAUCAUUUUAAAAUUACUCUUGAUUAUCAUGAUUAUAUACCACUCAAAAGAAGUUAGAGAACGACCAUAUGUUUCAUAUGACUAUAGUUAAUCUGUCAUGUUUACGGGGGCGGUCUGGUAGCCUAGUGGUUAAA